UUAGCCAGUUCGUAAGACAUUAAAAGGUGCAGUAGGAGUAUGAUUAUAAACAGGAAGCGUAAGCAAGCACUCGAAGGGGAAUUAGCUCAAAUGGUAGAGCGCUCGCUUAGCAUGCGAGAGGUAGCGGGAUCGAUGCCCGCAUUCUCCAUAGUAAGCUUUUCUUUUCUGAUUUGAAACUGGAUUGCAUUUGCAUUGUUUAUAAUACGUAAAACAAUCCAGACAUGAUGUACUAGUAGAUAAUUCUACGAAUCUGUCUAUAAAUUGCGCCAUUUUGCAUCACCUCCAUGUCCUGUCUUUCUAAUUCCGAAGUCUUUGCUCAACAGCCCAACUUCCCCUGGCAUGCAUAUAUGGUGAAGUAAACAUGGCAACUGACGUGAGUGUUUCUAAAAACGGCUCCGGGUGACAGUCACAGGUCUGUGUGUGGGGUCAGAAACACACAGUGAGGAAACCACGCCACCAUACACAGUGUGAUCACUUAUAAUCACUGUGCUGAAAAGAUCACAGUUUAUAGAUUACUUCUGAUCUUUUAUUUAUUUAUUAUUGUUUUUUUUACCAUGGACAUUUUGGAGAAGCAGCUGAUUUGUCCAAUUUGCCUGGAAAUCUUUACAAAACCUGUAGUGAUUCUGCCAUGUCAACACAACCUCUGCCGGAAAUGUGCAAAUGACAUAUUCCAGGCAUCAAAUCCAUACCUUUCCACCAGAGGAGGAUCAGUGAGUUCAGGCGGCCGUUUCAGAUGCCCAUCCUGCAGGCACGAGGUUGUUCUAGACCGCCAUGGGGUUUAUGGACUGCAGAGGAAUCUUUUGGUGGAAAACAUCAUUGAUAUGUACAAGCAGGAGUCCACCAGCAGCAGGCCUACUCCAGAGAGGAGAGAUGACCAGCCCGUGUGUGAGGUGCAUGAGGAUGAGAAGAUCAACAUCUACUGCUUGACCUGCAGUAUCCCUACCUGCUCCAUGUGCAAGGUGUUCGGCUCUCACCAGGACUGUGAAGUGGCACCUCUCACAAGUGUAUAUCAAGUUCAGAAGACAGAGCUGACAGACAGCAUAGCAAUGAUGGUGGGCAACAACGACAGGAUCCAAGGCAUCAUUUGUCAGUUGGAGGAGACCUGCCGGGCCAUAGAGGAGAAUGGCGGGAGGCAAAAGUCGCAGGUGUGUGAGAAGUUUGACCAUCUCUAUGCCAUCUUGGAGGACAGAAAAAGCGAGAUGAGUCUCAAAGUGACAGCCAUGCAGGAGGAGAAGCUGAACUACAUCCGUGGACUCAAGAGGAAGUACGAAGAUCACCUGGAGAGUGCGACUAAGAUUGUGGAGUCGGGGAUCCAAACGAUGGAGGAACCAGAGAUGGCUGUUUUCUUACAGACUGCGAAACCUUUGUUACAAAAGAUGGGCGAAGCAACAAAUACAUCCCACUUGGAAAAAGUGGAACAUGGCUACGAGAACAUGGACUAUUACUCUGUUGACUUCAAGAAAGAACGUGGAGCUCUAAGUUCUAUAAACUUCAUCACAGAUGAGGACGAGGAAGAGGAAGAUGGAGAUGUAGCGGGAGCAGAGACGGACGACCAUAAAGAACAAGCUACUUCAGGAGGAGCAAAUACACUGUUGCUGAGCAGCCAACCUGCUCCACUUCCUCUGCCUCCAAAUUUUGUCAAAAACACCAGCUCAUAGCUCUUCAACUUCAGAAUUUAUCACAGUUUACGAAUCUCAGUUUGUAUGGAAAGUAACAAAAGCUACUGUAAGUUGAUGAUUAGGGGUGGGGUUAACGUUUGUCUUUUUUUUUUUUUUUUUACGUAUUCAAUCCACUUCGCUAGUACAGAUACAUCCAUCAAAAGCUUGAUGCGGUGUCUUAUUGUGUAAAUGUUCAGGCACCUAUAACCUAAUGAUUUAUGGAUAGUGAUGAAGCUUAAAAUAUGCAGACGUGACAACAUCUAUGGCCAUAGCAUCGACAAUGUUUUUGUAGAUUGUUGCUACGGUGAUACAGAAGCAAACUACCUUUAAAAAAAUACAGUCAGAAUAAAUGUGAAUGAAAUUAAUCCAAGACAAAAGACAAUUCACUGAAGGGGAAAGGACACAGGAUUCGAAAGACAUGAAUUGCUUGAGCGCCGAUUUUAUCUUGGUGAACUUGAUCAAUGAAUUCACAAGCUUUGGUCUUGUGAGCCAAUCAAAAAUAAGAAAGCAGGACAGUGGAGGAGCCUCUUAUUAUUGACUCGCUCUAACACCGGACUUACCUGGGGGCUUUUUUUUUAUUUCUUGUUAGCACUUCUGAAAAUAGUAUGCUUCACAAAUAGCUGAUUUCCCCCUUUUUUAUUAACUGAAAAGUUUAAUAAAUCUUAGUUAUUUGGGAAAGCUCAUAUAAGAUGUUUUUUGUGUUAUUUUUAUUUAUUUAUUUUUUACUCAAAUUGGCACCAUCAGACUGUUUAUUUUAUAAGUGACAAGAUCUCAUCUUAACACACACUCUGUCUCAUUUGCAAUGCCAUUGAUGUAGAAGAUAACAUGUUUCAGUAAUUCACGCUAAUUACUAAGUACGUAGUUAUCUCUCUCUGCACUCUAGGGAUGUGUUGAGCACACUUUUAUUCUCAUCAUGUCACCACACAUGUAGCUCUACUCAUUGUUUGGAGACUUCACACUCCACGGGUUGAUGUGGAAGUAAUCUUCACUCGACCUUUAGUUUCUUUGUAAGAGCUGUUGCUGAUGUGGCUUAACUCUAAGGAAGUGGUAGUUCAUGUGCUUGAACUGAAAACAAUGAGCUGUUGCAUAAUCUAUCCAUUAUGAAAUGGGUGAAAUGAUGGAAUGGGCUUUCUGUAUAAUCUUUAACGCUGAUUGGAAUGAGGUCCAGAGAUCUCAUGUCCCUGUGUUCUGAUGUUUAUUAGCACUACUAACCUUUGUCAAUCCUGGUAUGAAUAUAAAUGUUUGAGUGAUGAUAUGCUUUGUCCUGGUUUGUCUAACUGGACUGGAAUAGAUUCACGAGAACUCAUGCAAACUAUAGUUUAAUGCUUGUGCCAGUUGCUUCGUAGAGCGUAAUGAAUCACACCAGCUAAUUUGAUUAUGCUGACUUGAGGUAACCUGCCCAGCUUGAACAUAUAGUAAUUACAAUAGCAUUUAUUUAGUAGUCAUGAAGGAUGUUCAGAAACGCAGAGGAUGUUUUUAUUUUCCCUCAGAAAAAUGGAAGGAAUUUUGGUUCUAUAGUCCACCGUGACAGUUCUGUCAGGAACAGGAUGCCCUGAAAUGACAGAUGAUGAUGUGAGACGUCGUUACACAAAUCCAGAUGUGAUUUAUCGGGACUGAAAUUCAGUGCUUUGUAUAUAGCAGCAAUUCAAUUUUUCCCCCCAAAGAUUUUCUUUCUCCUGCAUGUAUUGUGCAUGGAUAUGCUCACAAAGGACUUGUCUGUGAUUUUGAAGUGUGAGGUGUUAAAAUGACCCAUACAGCGAAGACUUAGGAAUGAUUUAGGACAUGAUUUCCUAAAAGUAAAUAUAUACUAAAAUAUCCCAUUUAUAUGCAAGUAUUUCUAUUUACUGGUCCAUUUAUUUAACGUCUUACCUUCAAAUGAAAGUCUAAAUGCAUAAAAUGAUGUGGGUUGUGUAUCUGCUUAUCUUUCUGAUGUGUCAAGUGUGUAUUCACACACUCAGGACUGAGUCACGUUGUUUUGCUCUUGUCAUCCAUGUAAUGUCUUGGACAAGAGCAGCCAAGAGAAUAUUUCAUAAUAUUUCAGUAUCUCAGAGUCUUUAAAGCACUAGGAAGAAUGAGCUGGGGAAUUUCUUUUUUUUUUUUUUUUUUUUUUUGCAAUUGUAUUAAUGUUUAUUAACAACUAUGGUCAUACAUCAAAAAUCUAGACAAGAAGUGAAAAAAUGUCUUUUAAUGUUUUAUUGAAAAAUAUAAAAAUAAGAACAUUCUCUUGCACAACAGAAAAUUACUGUUUGCUCAUUAGUUUAUUAACAAACUUACAGUGUAUUUUAUAAGGUACAAUGAAACUGGAUGUCUAUCCAGAUAAAAUCAACUUCUCAGUACAGUACUCUGAAAAUAUUUCCUUUUGUUUUAUUUAUUUAUUUAUUUAUUUUUAAAGAAAAGUAACGUACCGUCGUUUUUAUGCUACAGUUUUGAUUUAGCAUUUGCACAGCAAUUAUGGAACGUGACACCAGUGUCCAUGUUCAUUCUCCUAUUUCUUUCUACAAAUAAAUAAUACAAUAUAUAAAUACAUUAGGAUGGAAAAGCAGCACUGUGGUACAGGAUGUUAUGGUUUGUGCUAAAUGUAAAAUAAAAUAAUUUUAAAAAAAAUCCUGUUUGUCAGAUUUUAGGCUACUUGCCGAAAAUCUCCAUCAUUUUCCGGUUGCUGUGCGCCUGCUGCGCCAUCUGCUCAGC